AUGGCCUACCCACCACUCUCGCCUAGCGGUCUCCCCAGCUCCCCACGAGCAAACCGCCAAAUGCAAAUGCUUUCUCCACUCGACACAUCCUUCUCGACCAACUCAUCGCAAACAAACUCGCCUUACUCCAGCACUUCGGAAAAGGAUCCGCGCAAACCUCGCGAUAUCUUCGCCGACGCUACUAUCCCUCUUAGCCCUGCAUCAACAACAGCCUCGCACUCCAAAGAGAACCCCUACGAGGGUCUCGAGCCACGGAAGCGCAGCGGCCUCGCACGCCUGUUCUGCUGUCUUGGUCGCGAAGAGCGCGCACGGCGCCGUGUAAACAGGAGUUUGGAGUUUGAGAAGAUUGGCGAGCAGUGCCAUUGGUCUGAGUACUAA